CAGUUGAAAGAGAAACCUUGUGAGAGAAAGUAAAGGCAAAGGAAAAAAUGGAGAUGAGUGAGAGAUCCUAAAAUAUAGGGUUUUCUAUUUUUCCCUUUUAGAUUUUCAUUGAUUAAGAAAAUCUCUCUCAUUCUCCGAUAUGUUGAAAUUUACCCUUAUUAUCAGUGAAUUCAGCGUGCUUUUCGAAAAGUUUCGAUUUUUCUUAUCCACUCCACUAAUAGCUGUUUUUUUCCGGUGAAAUUCUUUUCUCUGAGUGCUUGUUUCGUUUGGUGGUCAUGGAUUAUUCCGAUUUUACCCAGAGGGGCUUUUUUUGAAACAGAAUCGAACCACCUAUUCUAAAAGUUUUGAUCUUUUAACAGUUUUUUUCUAACUAAAAGAAACUGUCUUUUCUUUUUUGUAGUGGAAGUUCUAAAUUUUGGGCUUUGAGAUUUUGAUGACUCUCGUUGGACGAGUUUUGAGCUAAGAGAAAAGGAUCAUGAACGGUGGACUUUAAGAGGGGAAAACCAGUGGUGCUGGAAAAAGACCCGUUUCAUUUGGGAUAAAUUUGUCUGGCUUUUUCUUUUUUCUUAAAAAAGAGAGAGAGACGAAUCUGUAGAGAAGGCAGUUUGCUAGAGCUUAAUUUACAAGCUUUUGACUUUAAUCAUGAUUGAAAAAAACAUUGGAUUCAAUUAAUAUCUUUCCAAAUUUUGUUCUAAUUUUGAACUUGAUUGGUCGUUUCCUAAUUUUCUAACUGCAAGAAAAACUAACCAUUGAAACUUAAACAAAAGGGAUUAUGGAGUUUUAAGGUUGUUAAAAGAUGGCAGUUUCCUUUCCUGGUUUUCCAUGGUGGUUUAGGGGUGGUGGAAAUAAGGAGAAACCGCCUGUUUCAAAUGGGUCUUCUUUAAAUUCUCUGAAUUCUUCUUCUGAUUGGGGAUUGGGCUUGAGAGAGUCUGAAACUGUUAAAUUCCCAGCAAAGAUAUCCCGGAGGAAGGCAAAGGCAAAGUGGCAAGGCAGUGAGGAGAGGAGGGUGGUUGAUGAAGAAUUUGAUGUUAUGCUGGUUCCAUCAGAAGGUGUACAUUUAUCUGGAUACGAAUCAGAAGGUCCAGAGUGGUCCAUUGGGUGGGAAGAACCACAUGGUCCUGGUUUUCAAGGCCACGAUGAAGAUGAUGGUGGGUUUGCUGUGCUGGUUCCAUGUUAUAAACCUGGUUGCAAGGAACUUGUUCAGAGCCCCAAUAACCAGCUCUUGACUGCAAUCGAGAACCUCCCUACAGGGUUCUCUUCUGAGGGAAGCAACUCGGUGCAGCAGUGGUUUUCAUCCUUCCCAAACUUCUGAACAAAUGGAAUGACUAGUCUCUAGGUGAAGUUGCUCUCACUGAAGUACUAUUACCAAUGAAUAAUGUGGAUAUAUAAGAAGCGGCCGAUUAUGGUAGAGAUGGGAUCCGCAGUAGCUUGUAGUAGAAUUCAGGUGUUAACAACCAUGGAGGAUGUAGCUGUUAUGGAAGAGCAGCAGAGCAGGAACGUUUCCAGGAUGUUACUCUGUCCUGAUUGGUCAUCCUCCCAGCUUAAAAUGACCCGUGAAAAUACGGUGGAGAACUUUUGUUACCUUUUAUGUAAAUAAUGUUAAUGUGAAUAUGCAAUAGAUGAUCCUUGCUACCAGCUCACUGCUGCUGUGUAUAAUUUUGAUCCAGAGUAAUCUAUUAUCAUAACAAUUUUGUA